AUUCGCGGGGCUCCGCGGCUCCGCCGCCGCCAUGGCGGGCGCGGCCCCGGCCCCGGCGAAGGACGAGGCGGCUUUGGUCGCGGCGGGCGAGCGGCCGCCCCUCUCGGCGGCGGCGCUGGCGAAGAUCGAGCGGAACCGGCAGCGGGCGCUGGCACUGCGGCAGGCGCGGCUGGCGGCCCGGCCCUACCCUGCCGCAGGCGGCGUGCGGGCGGGCCCCCCCAAGGUCGUCGACACGGGAGGGGGCUUCUUCCUGGAGGAGGAGGAGGAGGAAGAGCCCGGCGCCGCCGAGAAAAUCGUGCAUCCCCCCGCACCUGUACUAGAAUUUGACUAUCUCAUCUGUGGAGACUGUGGCAAAGAAUUCAUGGAUUCCUACCUUAUGCAGCACUUUGAUUGGGCAACAUGUGAUAAUUGCAGAGAUGCUGAAGAUAAACAUAAGCUUAUAACAAGGACAGAAGCGAAAGAAGAGUAUCUUCUUAAAGACUGUGACUUAGACAAGAGGGAACCAGUGCUCAGAUUCAUUGUGAAGAAAAACCCUCAUAAUGCACGAUGGGGUGACAUGAAACUUUAUUUAAAACUACAGGUAAUCAAGCGUUCUCUUGAAGUCUGGGGUAGUGAAGAAUCAUUGCAAGAAGCAAAGGAGCUCCGCCGUGACAGCAGAGAGAAGAUGAAACAGAAGAAGUUUGAUAAGAAAGUUAAAGAACUCCGCCGUGCCGUGAGGAGUAGUUUGUGGAAGAAAGAAGCUAGUAUCCAUGAACAUGAAUAUGGACCAGAAGAAAACAUUGAUGAAGAUACAUACAAAAAGACAUGUACUGUAUGUGGCCAUGAAUUAACUUACGAGAAGAUGUAGUGUUACUCUGUUCUGUUUUUUUUAAUUUCAUUAUCUUUUAAAUGGUAUUUUGUAUUAAAGUCAAAUAAAUGCUAAUUAUGAACAAGCUGUU